CCGGGUAGUGUUUAUUUUAUUGUAACACACCUGUCAUGGCCGUCCGUCGCCAAAUGAAACUGCUUUCGAAGCAGUAGUACUACUGUUUCAUUGUCAUCUUAGGCGUGAUGUCGGAUAAACGCCAGCGUGCCAGGGUGCAGGGCUCCUGGGCCAAACAGCUUCCCAAACAAUCGAGACCAGCAGUUCCCCACAGCCAAAUUGCCAAUCCGGCUGCCGCAUCAUGGGGAAUUCAUCGGCAGACAACAUCUGGAAAUUUUGAGUUCCACCAACCUAUUGAGCCCAUUAGAGGUGUUCCGCCAGAGAAAGUUAUUGACCAGGCAGGGGAUUAUGAGAUCAGCCAUGGACCGUCAGGAGUGUCCAGAUUGCGGCUGCUGCCAGGCUUUCUCGCAGUACAGGAGGCUGACUGGAUGUUCAGUAAGCUGCUGGCAGAACUUCCCUGGUCACAAAAGACCAACGUCAGACAAGGUGAGGCCUACGCAGAGCCAAGGCUGACGUGCUGGUUUGGAGAGUUGCCCUACACGUACGCUCACUCCACCAUGGCCGCCAACACUAAGUGGCAUCCAUUGCUGUUGAGGCUUCGUGCAGCGGUCGCCGAGGCGAGCGCCGGCGGCAGCGACCGCUUCAACUCGUUGCUGUGCAAUCUAUACAGAGACGGACACGACGGCAUCGGCUGGCACAGCGACGACGAGGCCUCACUGGGCCACCAGCCCGUCAUUGCUUCGCUCAGCCUGGGCGACAACAGGGUGUUCAGCCUCCGCAAGAAUCCGCCUCCGGAGGAAAAUGGUGACUACACCUACGUGGAGCGUAUUAAGGUACCUCUGGGUCACGGCACACUGCUUUUGAUGGAAGGAGCCACGCAGGAUGACUGGCAGCACCAGGUGGCUAAGGAGUACCACGACCGCGGCCCUCGCAUCAACUUGACCUUCAGGAGCAUCUUCCCCGAGCCACAGGGCUAUCGGCCGGGCACCAAGCUGCGCUUUACCACCAAGCAAACAUAACGCCUCAUUUUCGGUUUUCCGAGGAGGAGCCCUGAACACAGCUCAGUGUGACCAGGCUGAUAAGCAUGUUUUAGUAUAAUACACUAAAGCAACGCUAAAUUGUAUGGUUUUAUUUAAUGAGUACAAAAAGUAGUACAUUCUCAUGUUAAAAAAACAUUUUAUGAGUUUGUCCCUUUUUUUCCCCCCCUCCUUUUUGUUGAAUGAGUGCAUGUUUACUUACAAUAAAAUAUAAAUGAAAAUGUUUGGGACAUUUAGUUGGAGUGGUCAAAUGGUCAUUUCAAAUUGAAAUGUCCUUUUUUGACAUCUUUUCAUGUUUACGCAUGCAACCGCUGGAGUAAAAUAAAGUUACAGAGCAGUCAA